UCCUCCUCUCCUUUCUCUUCAGCGUGUCCUGUCUCUUCCUGUCUCUCCGGUCAUUGCCCUCCCUCUCCUCCAGCUCUCCCCAGAGUCGUGCUCAACAGAGCAGCCAGGAGCAGAGAGGCGCCUCACCCAGAGAUUCGGCCAUGUUUCGGCUGUCCCAGACCUGUAUCCUUCUCCUGCUGCAUGCCGUGGCCUCCCAGGUCUUCCUGAACAGAGACUAUGCUACCCAGGUUUUGAACCGGCAGCGGCGGGCCAACAGCCCGUUCGAGGAGUGGAGGCAGGGGAACAUGGAAAGAGAGUGUGUCGAGGAGCGCUGUGACAAAGAGGAGGCCAGGGAGAUCUUCGAGGACAACGAACGGACUGAUGAGUUCUGGAACAAAUAUUACGAUGGAGAUGCCUGUGAGUCCAAGCCAUGUGUCCACAACGGGGUCUGCAAGGAUGGGAUCAGUACGUACACCUGCUUCUGCAAUGCCGGAUUCCAGGGGUUCAACUGUGAGAUCGCGAUUCCUGAGCUAUGUGAGAAUAAGAACGGAGGCUGUGCUCACUUCUGCAAGGUGAAGAAGGCCAGUGUGGAAUGCUCCUGUGCAGAUGGCUACUAUUUGGACUCUGAUGGAAAAUCCUGCCUUUCCAAUGAGGACUUCAAGUGUGGCUUUGUGAUAUCCAAGAACACCCGCAGCAGCUUCAUCUACCUCCCGAACAACACUGCAACUAACGCCACCAGAGAGAUGGAGGGCCCAAUCAUGGAGACAUCCUGGAACGUAACCAUUGAGAAAGAAAUCCAAGUCACACUGGAGGACGAUCGUAUCGACGAAGCCAAGGAAGUGCCGAUCUAUGCCGAGAUAAGAGCCCAGACCCGCAUCGUCAACGGCGAGGAAUGCCCCCCGGGGGAAUGUCCCUGGCAGGCUUUCCUGCUGAACCACGAGGACAGGGGCUUCUGCGGAGGAACCAUCCUGAACAAGUACUUCAUCUUAACCGCAGCACAUUGCAUGAACCAAACGCGCUCCUUUUACGUUGUCCUUGGAGAGUUUGACACGGAGGUGAAGGAGGGGCGGGAAGCCGUUCACCAGGUGGAACAGGUGUUCAUUCACAAGGCCUACAUCUCCGCUACCUACCACAACGACAUCGCCCUCAUCAUGCUGAGGGAGCCCAUCAAGUUCACCCAGUACAUCCUCCCCGCCUGCCUGCCAGAUGCCAACUUCGCAGAGAAUGUGCUGAUGAAACAGCCGGACGGCAUGGUGAGUGGGUUCGGUCGCGUCGGGGAGACCAAGCAGCCUUCUACCCUCCUGCUGCGCCUGUCCGUGCCCUACGUGCCCCGGGCCACCUGCCUCCAGUCCAGUGCUCACAAGAUCUCCAACCGCAUGUUCUGCGCCGGCUACGACAAGGAGAAGAAGGACGCCUGCCAGGGAGACAGCGGCGGGCCACACGUCACUCGUUAUAAGGAAACCUGGUUCGUGACCGGCGUAGUCAGCUGGGGGGAGGGAUGCGCCCGCGAGGGCAAGUACGGCAUCUACACGCAGGUGUCCAAGUACAUCGAAUGGAUCCGGACAGUCAUGGGAAGGUUCAAGAAGGACGGCGGGAAGAGGAAGAGGAGGGAGGCGGGGAUGAUGACGCCAACUGUUUGGGUCUGCAAGACAGGAAGGGGAAAAGGGAACAGAAAAAUAGCACUAGACAGACAACGACACGGCUGGAGAAAAGACCUUGGCACAAGGCAGAGUUUUGGGGGCACUGUGCUUAUCUGGAUUGUAAUGGAGUUGUGGGGGCGAUGGUGGAUUUCUCUUUUGCUUGUAAGCAGCGUCCUCCAGACCUGCAGCUAUGGCCAAGUGUUCAGACCCCCUGCUCACGCCAGCACGGUCUUCCUGAGGUCAAAGCGCGCAAAUCAGUUUUUCGUGGAGGAGAUUCUUCAGGGGAACCUGGAGAGGGAGUGUUUAGAGGAAGCCUGCACCUACGAGGAAGCCAGGGAGUACUUUGAAGACAUACCCAAAACGAAUUCUUUCUGGACUGUCUAUGUGGAUGGAGACCAGUGCAAUGCCAGUCCCUGUCUCCACGGCAGCAGCUGCAAAGAUGGCAUUGGCAGUUACACCUGCAACUGCACGGAGAUGUACCACGGGAAGAACUGUGAACUCGAUAUCAGUCAGUGCCCCAUCGACGGGCCUAAUUCCUGCGACCAUUUCUGCGUUCCAAAGUACUUAUCGUACGAGUGCUCCUGCACCAAUGGCUACACAAUUCACAGCAACAAGAGGAGCUGCGUACCUUCAGUCAAGCAACCCUGUGGAAGACUCCAGCCGAUGAACCAAAAAGGCUUGGCCUAUCAUGUCUGUCCGAACCACCGUUGUCCAUGGCAAGUGGUGUUUACGGACCGGGCUGGCGCUGAGCUGUGUGGCGGCGUAAUCCUCGGCCCUCGUUCAGUCCUGACUUCAGCCAGCUGUCUGUACAUGGGACACAAGCUGCACAGCAUGCAGACAGGUAACCUGAACAUUAGCAUCCCUGCGUCGACCAGGCUGUACAUGCACAACCGCCACAAGAGGGGCAGUCAGGACGACGACCUGGCCUUGGUGAGAAUGAGUCAGCCUCUCCCCUUAGGGCCGACUGUCUUCCAGCUGUGUCUGCCAACUAAGGACUUCAGUGAGAACGUCCUGAUGACUCCAGAAACAGAGGGCGUGGCGAGGGGUCCGGACAACCUCCGGGGCGAAUCCGAUGGGCACCCUGUUCUGUCCUACAUGCACACAGAGGGCUGUCGGAAGAAGGUGAACUUCACUCUCACCAACAAGAUGUUCUGUAUGGAGAGAAAGAAGGGCUUCUGCGGUUCUGGGUUAAAUAGGUUUAGCGAGAAGUUCAGUCUCUUGCCUGGGAUGCCCGUGGCGACUGUGGUGGGGCAUACAGCGUUCCUCACAGGCCUGCUACUCUCACCGCCUAAGUCACAGGACUGUGAACAGAUGCUGGUGUUCACCAAGCUGUCUCGCUACUUGCCUUGGAUAAAAGAGCAUCUGGACAAGGCAGAGAGGGAAGAGAGAAUGACACCACAAAUUCCAGAAUAUCCACCUCUGACUUAAAAGGUCACCUUUCAGGAAUGGGGACUUACCAUACUGGACUAAAAGCCACACAGGCUGCAUGACUGAAGUUGUUUUUACACGAUUUAACAAUUUAAA